AUGAAAGUGUUGUUUGGCUUUCAGGAGCUGUUUGAGAUCAUUGAACUUGGAUAUGCAAAACUAGCUGAUCAAGCUGUUGUAACAGCUCUUACUCAAGGUCAGAGAGAUAGCUUGAGGGAGAAUAGGAAGAAAGACAAGAAGGCCUUAUUUCUCCUUUACCAAUUUAUAAACGAGGUUAUCUUUGAAAAUAUCUCAAGUGCAACUACAACUAAAAAGGCAUGGGAGAUGUUGCAGAAUUCUUACAAAGACAAUAAAAAGGUGAAGAAUGUAAGGUCGCAAACCUUAAGAGAUGAAUUCGAAUCCCUUUCAAUGAAAAAUUAUGAAACUAUAUCUGAUUAUGUAUCCCGAGUUCAAUUUGUGGUUAAUCAAUUACGGGAUAAUGGUGAAAAGUUGGAUGACUUACAUGUUGUUGAAAAUAUUGCAAGGUCAUUAAUAGGUUGUUUUGAUUAUGUGGUUACUAUAAUUGAAAAAGGAAGGGGUUUCUCAAAUAUGAUUGUUAAAGAGCUGCAGAGUUCAUUAUAUUCUCAUGAACAUAGAAUGAACCACAGGGAAACUAAUAUUGUGGAACAAGCUUUUCAAAGCAAGGUUAAUCUUUCCAGCUCAAGCAAAUCCAAUAGCAAUUCCAGUGGUGGAAAAGGGUCAGUAUAG